AUGGCUUUUAUGAUGAAUGUAAACGACGUUUCAGUAUUCGAUUAUGGAAAACAUUUACUGAUUGCCAUUCCCUACGAAGGAUUUUUAUGUGAUAUCCUAUGGCCAGAUCCAGAUAAGGAUGUCAAUGAUUGGGCUGUAUAUGAUCGAGGAGUUAGCUUUUUAUUCGGUCAAGAUGUAGUCACCGAAUUCCUUAACCGACGUGAAAUGGAUUUAAUUUGUCGAGCACAUCAAGUGGUUGAAAAUGGUUAUGAAUUUUUUUGUAACCGUCGACUAGUUACUUUGUUCUCUGUACCCAAUUACUGUGGAGAAUUCAAUAAUACCGAUGCUGUGAUGUCAGUUGACGAAGAUUUAACCUGUUCAAUUCGAAUAUUUAAACCAUUUGAGAAGAAAGACAGAUAUCAGGAUAAAGGUACAGCCAUAACAGAAAUUGAAGCCUAA